CGCCCCACGGCGAUCUCUUUAUAUAUAGAGAGAUCGAUGUCCAGCGUCGGAGCAUAGUGCUUCAGCGCUAAGAAACCACCGUUAUAAUUCCUAGAUCUCUCUACGUAUACCAUUUGGAUCAUCGAAAUUACAUAAGCGUGAGCAGCCAACCAUCCAAGGAGUGCGCCCCACGGCGAUCUCUUUAUAUAUAGAGAGAUCGAUGUCCAGCGUCGGAGCAUAGUGCUUCAGCGCUAAGAAAUUAAACCACCGUUAUAAUUCCUAGAUCUCUCUACGUAUACCAUUUGGAUCAUCAUGGCUCGACUGAUCUCUGAUCACCAUCACCACCACGACCUGCUGCUAUCGGCCGACGAAAUAGAGCCUUUCUGCUGUUACGGGUGCUGGGAGACGGGUCUCGGCGCUCGAUACGCCUGCGUCGAGCGGUGCGGCCAUGUUCUCCACAAGUACUGCGCAAACCCCAGGGAAAUCCUCACGCAUCCUUUCUUCCCCGACUGCACCUUCCACUUCCUCGAGGCGAGCAAGCCCAACCGCCGGUGCGACGCCUGCGGCGGGGACGUUAGCGGCUACGUCUACCACUGCUUCGAGCAAGGCUGGGACUUACACCCCUGCUGCGCCUACCUCAAGCAUCGCAAGCUAGUCGAAACAGAGGAAGGAGACGGAAGCAUGCUGUUGACUCUCCACCGCAGGGAGCGGUCUGAGUGCUUCGUCUGUGGCAAGAAGAGGCUGAACAGGAACGCCAGAAGCUGGACGUACGUGUCGGAGUGCGGGAAGUACCACUUCCAUGUGGCCUGCAUGAAGAAAGAGGCGAUUGAGGCUGCGGACGAGGGCAGAGGGCAGGAGAUUGAGAAGCUGGCGAAUAAAGUCUCGGUUGCUGGUAGAUCAAGAAGCGCAAAGGCAAGUAAAUUUGCAAAGAUAGCGAAGAUCGUGAAGAUUGCCAUCGGCUUCGUGAUGGCCGCCGUCCUCGGAGAUCCGAGCACACUUCUCAUCUCCGUUAUGACCACCCUCUUCAGUAAUAAUGGAUAGUCCGAAGCAUACAGCGGGGGAAAUCGGCUUCUUUCAUUUAUUAUUCCCCCCUUUUUUUUUCUUGAUUAAUAUGUUUGUUUCAAUCAUUGCAUCUCAGUGUACACGAUAGCCAAGUGUUUUUGCAUAUGUUGUAUGUAAUUAAUUUGCGAUGUGAAAUCUUUGGAAUAGACAUUAAUUUUAAUUGGCGGGAAUAUACCCGUUGACAUGUUAUUACCUGACUUCGAAGGAAAGGGUGGAUUGCAACUGAAAAUUAGUUAUAUUUUUAA